CGUUUUUUUUUUUUUUAUUCUUUCCCCCUCCGGUCGUUCGUGGAGCUCAACGUCCCGCAGCGAGCGUCAGCUGGACCGCAGCGAACCUCGUCGGUGCUCGGCCAGCGCUCGGAGCUCAGGCAUGUCCUCCGUCUCGGCUGCUGUCUGGGCCGACCAUCGCUUCACUACUUGAAGAGAGAGGGGGGUGAAAUCAAAGUUGGUGCAAUGGAGACUUGUGGGAGCGAUGCGGCGGUCACAUACUUGGGGAAAGCUGAGGACAGAGACGGAUAUUAUGAUCUGGAGCAUCUGCCUCCUCUGCUGGAGGAUGAGGAGAACGUGUCUCUGGCAGACAUCCUCUCUCUGCGGGACAGCUGUCUGUCUGAGGAGGAGGUGUGGGCGGUGUGUGCAGAGUGCGUUCUGGCCCUGCAGAGCAUCAGACCCUCCCACCUCUUCCACACCCUGUGCAUAACACCAGACACUCUGGCCUUCAACGCCCAUGGGAAUGUCUGCUUCAUGGAGCUGCUCAGCGACGAUCCAGAAGGCUCCUUUGUGCCUCCCGAGUUUGACAACACAGGCAGCACGUUUGAGGGCCAUGUUUAUUCUCUGGGCUCUACGCUUUCUGCCACACUGAACUUUGUCAUCGAGCCAGAGCUGGAGGCAGAUAUAGGAGAAGAAAUCCAGAAGCUGUUGGAGCAGAUGCAGGAGGAGAAGCCCGAGGACAGGCCGCUCCUACAGGAUAUCCUGUCUCUGGCUGAAGCCCGGCUGUGUCAUACCUCCUCUACAGCUGUGUGCCGGAAACUGUCUUCAAUUGGACGACGUGUGCUCUCUAUUGAAUCGGUUUCAAACUUUCAAGAUGGACAGGAAGGCUCCUGGGAAGCGAGAUGGCAGCAUUCCAAACCCAGAUGUCUUCUUAAAAGACUGAGCUCAGACGAUAACACCAAAGACCUGCCUGAUAGCUCUGUUAAGGCAAACGGUCUCUCCAGGCAGCAGCUGUGCGGGGGCUGGGAUUCCUCUCUCUGGGCCGAGGACAUGGAGGGCUGUGAAGCAGACGGCAUGAUCUUGACAGAUGAGAUGGACUGUCGGUCUCACAACAGCUCCCCGGUGAGGAGGCGAGCCCAGCAGAGGCUGAGCAGGGUGAGGGGGGCCCUCAACCGCUCCUGCUCGGUCCCGGACUCCAACAAUCCCCCCUGCCUUUCCCCUCCGACACACGGAGACAUCAGCGUACCCGUUGCAGAUCUCACUGAGAUCGGAGCAGACGAACACUUGAGCUGCACGUCCGUGUGGAGCAACAGACUUCAAAGACUGAACCGGGGAAGGUCCUGCGAGUCUUACCCACACUGUAGCGCUGAGGACUGUGGGGACAUGUCCCCGAGAAAUGAGGAUGCUGCAGAGACAUUACGCAUCGAAGAAAGUGAUUUUCAAGAGAGCCGUGAAAGUCUAUCUGAGGACUGCAUCCAGGACUUAGCAUCGCCCUACGCUUCCUGUCAGGAGCUGGAAUUGGAGCAGGACUCUACUGAGGAGCAGAGCUCAUUGAACCACAGCCUCUACAUUCCAAAUAACCACAUGACCAAAAGCAUGCUGUGCCUGAAUGAAGAAUCUCAGGAUGAGUGGAUCUCUCUCAGAGAGCUACUUGCUCGUUGUGGACGGCGGCUGACAGUUAACGAACUGUGGGCUCUGUGCUACACCUGCCUGUCCUCGCUGCAGACCUACAUCGACUUUCCAGCCUACUUAUGCUUGGAUACGGUGUAUGUGGGCUGCGAGGGAGAGGUGCUUUUCCUGAAACCUAAAAAUAUAGGACCCCGAGAUGAAUUUUAUCUCGCUCCUGAAUAUCAAGAACAUGGAAUAGUGACUGAGAAGGUUUGUGUGUAUGGGGUUGCUGCUAUUCUCUGGGCCACAGCCAAGUUCAGUUUAUCGCCUAAUCAGAAGCUGGCGAUGCCUCGCAAACUGAAGAGGCUGCUGCUGGAGAUGGCUAAGAGGACGCCCAUGGAGAGACCUACCAUUGUUAUGGCUAAAAAAUGCUGUCGUGACUACUUAUCACGUCAGGGGACGAAUGCUGAGUCCGUGUGGAGCAGCCUCAUUAACAGAGUUCACCCGCCAGCAUCAAAACCCGAUGAUGCAGAAGAUUUGAAUGCAACGGAAACUCCUCAACUCUCAUGUGAAGAGUCUGCACAAAACAACAGUGGAUUUGUGCCCAUGGCCACUGAGAGCCGACUGGCUCCUGUGCCGGGCCCUGUUCCCCACAGCUAUCCAGUCAGUAAGACUCUCCACCUCCCAGAAGCCUUCACUUCCACUGCCACACACUUCAGCCCCAUCAUCCUGACCAAUGAAGGGGACUUACAGGAGGAGAGCCAAGAUCUUGGAACUGCCACUGAAGGGCUUGUGGAUGGAUUACCAAAAAGCAGCGACCACAUCGUGAAGACUUGCCUCGAUUUCACUCCGCCCUCCGAGUACCCAACACACACUGAACCCGAUCUACAUCCACAAGAGUUAACUCACUGUCAGGCAGUCGUAACUACGUCUUCUACAAUAUCCAGCAGCAAGAUCCUGGUGGCCUCUCCCUCUGCUCUCCCUGAUAUUUCCCGCCUUGAAGUCUCUCUUCCUCUGCCAUUAUCCACUAACUUCAACGGUUGUGGUGUUUUCAACAAUUACCUCUUUCGACAGGAUCCCACAACAGGACAUCUUUCUUUAGUGCCUGUGCAGGUCAGGGCUCCCGAGUCUCUCCUCGGGUUGGAUAUAAAUCUCUCUCUGGUCCCACAGCCUUUGCAGGAACUGAUCACGGUUCCAGAGAGCACUGAUGGUCCAUUUAUUGACUCUCCGAAUGUGCCUGUAAGGCCUGGACCCCGGGAAUGUGGCCUCCCGUCAUCUUAUUUCAGUGGUAGCUCAAUCAUGUCUGACAGCCCCCUGGAGAACGCUGAGCCCACAGGGUACAAUGGACACACAAAUCCAAGAGCACAAGAUGAGAGUCUGUCUCAUUCAGAGUCCAUCUCCCCGAAAGUCCACCCUGCCCUACAGGAGGUGAUUGACCUGCUCAAAGGAGAGUUUUCCCUUGAUGGGUAUUUGGACAAUGGGCAUGAGGACAUCGCCAUGGGGGAGUACAUCUUCUCUUUGAAGGCCCUCCAGUACCACGUGUUCGCCAGCGUGGUGAAGGAGAGGUUCAGUGACCUGUACUGGGAGGACGACUUGCUGGCUGUGUUGCACUGUCUGGUCAACUACAGCCCAUCCACACUCGGCUCUAAUGAGCAGCCUCCAUCAAAGGAUGUGAAAAGGGCAGCCCUCACCCCACCCCUGUUAGCCGCUGUCUGUAGAGGGAGGAGAGAAGUUGGCCUGCACAGCUGUCUUGAUUUGAAUGGAAACAUUCACACGUCCAGUCCUGUUGUGGUGGAUUCCUGGGAAGGAACCGAGGGACGUCCCUGUCACGGAGAAGAUGACGCUGCACUUGAAGAUGCUGAAUUAAGAUCAGAGCACAGGCAGCCCCAUAUCGGUCAAGGUGUGAACGCUGACAGUUCAGACUCAGGGGUCAUGGAGGGAGGAGAGCACUCAGCGGGGGGCAGCGAUGAAAGCCCCUCUGAAGCCGAGUUUCUAUCGGGAAGAGAGGACGCGCUGAUGGGAGCCCACGACGAGCAGAUGAGCCCAGACUUCUCGGAGGACAUGGAGGACAGCGACUCUCUGGCGUCAGAGCGGCUUCUCUCCCCCGGCUCCAGAGCCGAGGGUCCGGGGCUCAGCUUCAGCUCGGACUGGGCCUCAGCCUUCUACGGGGAGGAUUGUUUCGGUCCAGAGGUGACCCAGUAUGCAGUAAAUCUGGGACAGCACACAGGAUCACCAUGUCUGAAUGUGAAGGCACAGGAACUGCAGCAGCAGCUGAUAAUUGAAACAAGGAAUCUAAAGAAAACAAGAAAUUUCUACCAAAAGCUGAUUCAGCAGGAGAGAAAAAACAAAGGCUCUGAGAGCAAAGUGAUGCUCUCCAAACUCAAGUUGCAUCUUGAAGAACUGAAAUCCAAGGUCGUCUUCUUGGAUUGUGUGAAGAAAUACCUUGAGAUCCUGAGUGUGGACCAGUGGGGUUUGGAGGUUUCAUUACUGCCCUCCUUGGCUGUCUGUGAACCUGACUCUCUGGACCUUCAGUCCUCUGAGGACCCCUCUGUUCUUAGCUUUGGCACCAGUAAAGGGAAGACCACUUUGCAGGCUGGGUCUCCUUUGGGCCUCAUGGCUUACCUCUACGCCAGAAAUGCUGCUGUUGAGGGCUACAUCCAGCAGUUCUUGUACACUUAUCGUUUCUUCUGCACUCCUGAGCAGCUACUGCAAUUCAUAAUGGAUAAAUUCAUCUGUGCUGCAAGGGAAGGUCCAGAUAUGUCAGGAGACAGUGAAAGGAUCUUCCAUCGCAGUUUGGAUCUGCUCCAGUUCUGGAUAACAGACUGUAAACCAGUAGACUUCACACCAAAGUCCAGCCUUUUCACCACGUUAGAAAACUUCCUCAACACUGAGGUGAUUCCCGUUGACAACCGAGGUGAGGCUCUUCUCGCUGGUCUGCACGGCAUUCCCAGUAUGACAGCUGCCAGUCAGCUGAGAGGAAGCCUGCUCAGCCUGGAUGAAGACGAUGACGCUGUGUGUUUGCAUUCGUCCACUGAGGAUCUCGGCAGAAAGUGGAGGAUCUCUCGUGUGGUGGAGACCUCUCCAUCCAUGUCUAAAGACAAGGCCUUCUCCAUCGCGGCCGCCUUGCCCAUGCCUUGCUACGGCUCCCUGAUGGAUGACGUCUCUAACGUUUGCCUGCACGGUGAAGAGCGACUCCCCUUCAGCCAGAAUGAAUACAGCGCACAGCACAUCGCCCAGCAGCUCACCCUCCUGCAGCAGGAAAUAUUCCAAGGAUGUCAUCCAGUUCAUUUCCUCAACUCCAGAAUACAAGGAGUCAGGGACAAAGUCUUGACCCCGAACAAGAACGUGUCGGCGCACAUCCCACCAGCAGAGAGCAGCAGUGUGCUUGUACACGAGAGGGCGCCGUCAGACACCUACCUGCAGCAGCUGCUCGCACAUGCUGACAGCGUCGCUAACUGGAUCUCUGCUGAAAUAGUCAUUUGCGACUCUGUCAAGACACAAGUUGCUUUGCUGACGAAGUAUCUGUGGAUAGGAAAAUACUGCUACGAAUCAAGGAACUUCGCCACCGCCAUGCAGGUCCUCGGGGGUCUGGAGAACGUGAUUGUCAGGCAAUUACCGGCUUGGAAACAUCUGGCUUCGAAGGUGUGUGAGAUCCUGGAGGAGCUACGAGCCGUGCAGGUUUUUCUCAAGAGUGACGACUUGUGUCUCAUGGGGGGAGAGCACACGAAGAAGAGGCCCACCCUGCCGUCGGCGCGCAUCCUGGCCAUGCACGUGCAGCAGCUGGAGAUCGGAGCCUUCACGCUCACUACUGGAGCUUACAAGUGGACCAAACUCAGGAGCAUAGCGAAGGUUGUGAGUCAGGUCCAUGCCUUCCAGGAGGCUGUCUACCCCUACACCCCAGACCGGGAGCUGCAGGCGUACCUUCGUCGCCGAAUCGCCCGGUUUGCCGCCGCUGACAUCCAUCGCUUGGCCGGCGACAACGAUGCCAACUUCCAGCAGUCGAGCGAGCGUCAAACGCGGAGGAUCCAGGACACGCUGAGGAGGGUUAAGGCCACCUUCCAGUGAGACCGGCCUCAGUCACACUUCUGAGCCCAGAGUCAGACACCAGCACCAGGUCAACAUCCCAUGUCAAAGCCCAGACUGUGGCUCCGUGCCCAGACCACAGCCUGCAGACGCUUCUGUUGUCCUGGCAGCAGAGCCUAGAGGACUAGAAAACUUUUUCUAACGUUAUAUGUUCACUAUUUGUCUAACACUCCCUAACAUAAGUCAGUAAUAUUAGUUUAGACUCCCAGACGAACUGCACUCUUAACUUACACCCAUUACAAACUAGUUUUGCUAUUGAUCCCACGUCUGAUUAAUUAUGAAAUUAGCAUUUUUCCUGCAUAAAGACAAAAGUAAAGGGGGAUGUCUGUAAUUUACAAUGAUUCUAUCUCCACUUAAACUGACAUUUUUUUGUCAUUUGUGAAGUGAACCUGCAAUUUUCCUGCUAAGGCGUCCAUAUAAUCACAUCUGGACUGUAGCCUGCAUGUCCAACAUCAGCACCAGAUUACCGACAUGGAAGGUAGGUGGACAACUGCACCAGGUUCUGAGACUCCAGUCGCGCCCUAAAAGCCCAAAGUUCAAAAUGUUGCAACGUUUUAAUACGUCAAAUCAAACGUUUGUAUUGGGUUGGCACCUCUAAAGCACAACAUCAUCUAAUAUGUUAUGGGUCUUAAGGGGAAUCCUACUUUUUUUUUAGCCACGCUAGGAUUGGAAAUGACAAUUUGUCAGUGAGUCUACCACUUUGGUCCAGACUGAAAUUUCCUCAGAACCACUGAAUUUAUUGCCAAAGCAAUUUUGUGUAAAAUAUUCAUGUUUCCUAAAUGGUGACUUUGGUAAUCCUGUGAUGUUUCCUCUGUUGUGUAUUGUCUUAAGUUAAAUAUCUCAACAGCUAUUAAAUGGGUUGCCAUU